AUUGCACGACGUAAAGUCGCGCGCGAGCACGGGUGUGUUGACGCAUCGCGGAAGUUCACGCGAGUCUAUUGCACACGUUCACGGGUGGAUACGUUUGACGCGCCGAUGGUGGUCGAACGUGGUUGAGGCUGAACACAAGAACAUCGAGGAUGACGAUAGAGUACCAACAUCCUGAUGACGCGGCGGAUGACGAUGCCGAGGACCACAGGCUCCGUGCCGGGACCGACAGCUUCCCGAACAUCAACGAGAGGCCCGUCGAUGACAUCUCCCUCGAGUUCUUCUACAAGCCGCACACGAUCACCCUGCUGCUCAUCUCUAUCGUCACUGUCAUAUAUUCAGCCUUCACCAGAAACACCACCAAUGUGGAGGAGAACAUGUGGGCUGGCAUGCUGUGCAUCGUUUUCUUCUUCCUCAUCAUAUCGGUCUUGACUUUUCCGAAUGGACCGUUUACGAGGCCGCAUCCAGUAGUGUGGCGGAUAGUAUUUGGCUGCAGCGUGCUCUAUCUGAUGGGGCUGUUAUUCUUACUAUUUCAAAAUUAUCAGACGGUCAGGCGAAUCCUGGUGUGGGUAGAUCCAGGCCUGGCAUCCUUCCAUAUCGACAUGGACAAGGAGUACGGCGUCAAUUGCUCGGACGUCACCGUGGAAAAGAUCUGGAAUCACCUAGAUGUGUUCGCGCUGGCUCAUUUUCUCGGGUGGACCUUCAAAGCCGUCCUCAUUCGCCAUCUCGGCAUCCUCUGGGCCAUCAGCAUCAUGUGGGAAGUGACGGAGAUCGCCUUCGCCCACCUGCUGCCGAAUUUCAUCGAGUGCUGGUGGGACGCGCUGAUACUCGACGUUCUUGUGUGCAACGGACUGGGUAUCUGGGUUGGCCUAAAGAUCUGCUCCAUAUUGGAGAUGAGGGAAUACAAGUGGGUAAGCAUUCGUGACAUCGAAAGCACCACCGGAAAGCUGAAGAGAGCAGUGCUGCAGUUCACUCCUGGUAGUUGGACGUCCGUCAGAUGGCUGGAUCCGACGUGCACCAGUAUGCGAUUGGUUGCACUAUGUCAGCUGGUGAUAUUCUGGCAAGUUUCCGAACUGAAUACCUUCUUCCUCAAGCAUGUCUACGAGUUUCCUCCGUCUCACCCCUUUGUCGUGGCCAGAUUAGUGCUUAUCGGUGUCAUUGUCGCACCCUCAGUUAGGCAGUAUUACAUGUUCGUGACUGACCCGACGUGCAGUCGAGUGGGAACUCAAUGUUGGGUCUACGGGGCAAUCAUGGUGACUGAAGCCUUAUUGUGCAUACGCCACGGCGCCGCCCUAUUUGAGCGCACUCAGGCCCUCAAUAUUCUCCUUUGGCUCCUUUGCCAAUCUCUAGUCUCCGUUCUCUGCGUGUACGGCUGCGUCUUGUGGACUCAGUAUUUCGAGACGGGAAAGAAAGCCACUUUAAGGCGGUCCGUCUCCCAUAUGGGCAACUUUGACACAGAUGCAAGCGGGUUUGUGGUUCGCCGUACGAAAUCUGUGGAGGAAGUGGACAAGAAGGCGCUGUGAAAGAGAAAAUGUAAAGGACCGCUCGAUGGUGAACUGUGAACGUUAAUGACACUUUCUAGUCGAAGUCGCGCUAGUAGAAGUUCAUAAGAUGCGUGGAGAUGUGUGCGUGCGAAUCAAUUGUGCAUGACUGUCUCUCGGCUGUUGUGUGAGUGUCUCCGAGGCUAUUGUUACUUUGUUCCUCAAAAUAAAAUGGAGACUGUUUUAAAUGUCGCUUAAGUGGACCGCGGACGUCCCGAUUCAGUUUAAGUUUGACGUAAGCCUCGCAUGAAAAUCGUUUAUUGAUUUAUAUUCAUAAGCAUAGUGUCCGUAAACAUUGUUCCAUUGUUCGCCUAUUUGUUUCCUCUUAACGUUAGCUGUAACGUUACCUUGCAAACUACGUGCGUUUGCGAACGUGUUCAUUGGAACGUUAUUUUUAAAACUAAGACACAUUAGAUAUAUUUAUUGCACAUGAAUAAUAUUCUCUGUACAAACCAAAGAUUACAGAAACGAAACACACGUUCUUCGACUUUUUUUUUUCAAGUAAAUGUAAAAAGAAAAAAACGCGAUUUUAUCGCGUCAUUCAAGAGUGAAAGCGCGAAACGAUACAAACA